CAGGCGCAGAAGGGCCACGACCGCCAUUUCGUUCGGCGGGGCUGGGGCCGGGGCCGGGAGCGGCGGGAGGAGCCGCGGGAAAACACAACAUCCAGGACUCCCUGCUCCUGGUCCAGCAGCCUUCCUGACCACCGUGCCGAAGGCAGCAUGGAUGGGGAGGCCGGUGCACCGGGAGUACGUGUCCACUCUGUUGGGUUUGCUGUCAGGAUCGCUGCACCCGGAAUUCCCAGCUCCGGCUCAAAGGAACCGGGAAGUCCUCUCGUCUCCCGCCGCUUCCUCCCGCUGGAAUAAUUCAACAGUUCCUGCCCAGCCCCUCGGUUCCUGCCCAGCCCCUCGUGUGCCACCUCUCCCUUCCCGGCUUCCUUUUGCCUCUUCGGCAAAGGGGGCGGGCAGGGAAGGCUGCGGGCCUGGCAGGACGGGCUUUUCCUGCUUUUCCUUUUGCUGCAGCGGAAUUUCGGGACAGGGUUCCUUGCUCCUGAUUAAAGGUUUCCUCUGCUGAGUGACCUGAGAUGAGAUGGGAGCAAGGGACAGACUGAGCUGGGGGUUCUGUGGUUGGGGAAAGCCAGGGUGGGGAAACUGUGGACAGGGAAAUUGAGGCUGAGGAAACUCUGGAGAGGAAAACUGAGGAUGUGGAAGCUGUGGAUAGAUAGGGAAACUGAGGUUGUAGAAGCUGUGAGUGAAUGGGGAAACUGAGGCUGUGGAGCUCGUCCCUGAGGAGUUAGAAACUCUGGAGUUUUUGUUAAAAACGCCUCGUCAGAGCCCGCGGAUCGUUAAUAAUUCACAGGGAGCGUCUGGAUCCCGCGGGGCCGGAGCGUGUCUGUCUGUCUGCACGCAGGGAUGCACCGGCUCCCCGGGAUGCUCCAAAUGGAGCUGGCAGCUCGGCUCGGGAAGCAUGCUGAUAGGAUUUUAAAAGCCUGAAUGACCUUAAAUCCUGCGAUGGCUGUCGCUCAGGAUAAAUUAUUUAUGUAGCAUCCUCAGCUCCUCGGGAGCGGGCAGGAAUGUCAGGCUGCGGAGGACAGGGUUGGAAUUUGGGAGGGGGUAACGAGGAACUGCGGGUUUGGAUGGGAAGAGAGGGAAGAUAAAGGCGCGGGGGCGGGUGUUGGAGAGGUCCAGCCUUGGAAGUCGUUCCCAAACCGGUGCGGCCGCAUUUCUGCACCGACAUCAGAGGGUGGAAAUUCCUCUUGAUCUGCAGUUCAAAGCCUCCCUGAGGAUGAGGCGCUGCAGCUCGGGCUUGCAAAUGUGAAAUACAAAUCCGCCCGGAGCCCAAAUCCCCCUGAAAAGCGAGGAAAUAGGCGGCUGAAGGUCACUGCUGCUGCCUGUCCUGCUCCAGCAGCAAUCCCCCUGGGAUGAGUGGGAUGGGGGCUGCUGCUGGGGAGAGCGUUUCAAUUCCCUCCACAGCAAACAGGGACUUGAAAAAUGCCUGGAAAAUGUGGUGUGUCUCUGUGGCUGGGCCAGAUCUGCUCAAUCCUGCUGCUUUUAAGGGACAAGGGGCAGCUGAAUGUCAAGUUCUUGGGAUUUAGUAAUGUUUUGAUCCCAGGGUUGGCAGGGAAGUGCUGAUCCGAAACACUGCAGAGGGGUCUGUGGCCAUGGUGUCCUCCAGCCUGUGGAGCAGCAGCUCUGAAGCAGCUUUCCACAGGGUGACCUCGAUCUCCUGAUCUCUCCCUCCUCCCAAGGGACAGCUUUUCACACCUUGUUUUCCUCAUGCUUUGCUCAGAGCUUUCCUGAGGUUUGGUUUGGAUUGGAAAAGCAAAGGCACUGUGUAAACCUGCCCCUCCUGCCUCAGCCCAGCUUUUAUCCGCUGGUGUCUCUGGAUUCAGCUCUUCCGAGCCGCUUUCCCUGCGAGCACAGGGAGCUGCCACCAUGGCAUAUGGAGCCCUCAGAGGCUCUGAUGUGUCUUGGUGGAAGGGUCCUGGUAAAGAAGAACAAAGGAGAAGGAGUGUGGAGAAGUCGGAGCGUUGUUCUCAGGGAUAGCUUCUGCCAGGCAUGAAGGGGUGCUGGGAGGAGAUUCCCCCCCCCCUUUUUUUCUUUUCCUGGAGGAUUUAGCUCCUGUCUCCCUAAUCUGUAUCAGCUGGGUCUGUCUUCUUGCACAUGAAAGAUCCAGGCUGUAUUUCAAAGGCACCGUUCCCACACGGAGCUCUUAGCUUUUCCCAGCCAUGUGCUGAGUUUGGGGCCUCUCGAUUUUGGUUUUUCAAUGUGACCUUUGCUGUUAAUCCCCAGCCCAAACGGGGCCGUGCGCUGAAAUGGAAUGACCUGUUUCUUGGGAAUUCAGCUCCAGUUUAUCCUCAAGCUGCUUUAGCUUAAACUCUUCUCUCCCUUCCUCUCGCUCUUCUAGGUCAGAGCCUGGAUCUGAGCGCAGGUUUUGCUGUAAGGGCACCUUAGAGGGGAGAUAGUGACUCGUGAUCUGUUUGUAGAAACAGCCUCCUUGUCCUACAGGUCCCUGUGGAUUGUCUGGAGCCUGUCACAGGGUGUCAGCAGGUCACACUCAGAGACCCCAGCAGUGCUGGCCUGGCACGGGUGGCACUGGAUGGUUUGUGCCAGCUGACAAACCCCUGUUUGUCUGUCUGUGAGAUGUGUUCCUGUCACAGGGGCCACCGAGGGAAGUGUCACCCUGGGAGUAACCAGCUGGCGCAGGAGCAGAGCGGGGACACAAUGUGUGACGUUCCCGUGGGUCGGGAGCAGAGGUGGUGGCCCUGGCAUCACUCCUGUGCUGGCUCAGGGCUGUGACACACGAGCCCAAGUCAAGAGUAUCAUUACCUGGCGCGUUCCUCAGCUGGAUCCCUGCUAAUUCCCUCCGGCAGCUGAUCCAGCACGGCUGGGUCUCUGCCCGGAGCCACUCGUGCCACCCUGGCCCUGUGAUCCCACUGCAGGUGGGAAGGAGCACAGGGAAAAGUGUUCCUGUUCCAACACGUCCCAGACGAGCACGUUCAGAGCCGUCUGUGAUCCUGCUCCAGUGGGAAAGGCACAGGCCGGAUGGGUUUGCUGGGCGUUGUUCCCGACUGGAGUGUCCGGAGGGAUCGAUGGAUGUCGGCUCUUGGAUGCGAGGCCUUGAGCUCGGGCUGGGGCGAAGGAGCUCCACAUUUGUUAUGGGAGGGCACUGGGGAACUGGGAGUCUCUGGUGACUUGGAAAAUGCUGUAAGAUAGAGGGAGGAAUGUCUUCCUGAUGAAGCUGUAGCUGAGGAGUUCUCACAGGGUAGAAGAGCUGAUUUUAAUUAAAAGGCAGUUUAGGUAUUUAUUUAUUUCCCUGAACCCAGAGCCAGUGGUUUGCCUGAGGGCAGGGGAGCCGCUGCUGUGGCAGCCAUGCUGCUGCUCCCUGCUUCCCAUUCUCGCACCUUGGGAAUGUCUGACAGAGGAUGGACCUGUAUCCUGUGGGAUUAGGAAUUGUAGUUUAUCUAGCAGGAGAUGAGUGUGAGAAGGGAUCUGGUUGUUCAUACCUGGUACAAACCUGAGUCAUAAAGGAACUUUCCCUGCGGUGGGGGCUGUUCCCAUGCCCUCUGUCACCUGCCCUGGAGGUCAGGGCCCGGAAAUUGGAAGUGUGUGAAAUUCAGGUGUGAAACUGCCCUGUCCUUUCCUCCUGUUGGUGUUGUGGUUCCCGUUAGUGACUGUGGAAUAGGUUUUCCUGUGGGAAGGACAUCCGUGGCCCAGAGAGGGACAUUUGUCCCCUGCCUCAGGGUCUAUCCCGAGUGCCUGGAACUCCAUGUGGUGAGCAAGGCCUCCAGUCACCACAUUCCUAUUCCCUGAGCCGGUGCUAUGGGAGGCCCUACCUGAGCCCUGCUGUCAGCAGCACGAGGGCCUGUGACCUCCCAGUGAUUCAGGCUCCUCUUCCUGUCCCCACUCCCUCUGUGUUCUGUCUCCAGUGCCGAGCGGAGCUGCCGGGCCCUGCGGAGCCCCGGGAGCUGUUCCAGGUGAGCCCUGGUGCCAGACAGGUUCGUUCUGGGCUUCUGAUGAGUUGAGUUGGAGUGUGGCCAGAUCCGUGCUGGGAAAGUUGGUUUCCCUGAUUACUUGGACAGCUUUGAGGGGGCUUUGGAGUUGUGGGGCACAGAGAGCCUUCAGUGCUGGGGGUUAUUGAUGUAGGAGAAAAGAGGUCGGGAAAUUCAGGGAUGGGAGCCACAGGACAGUCCCGUGCUGCUCUGGCUGUUGUGGGGCCGGAGCCAUCUGGCAGAUUUGUCCUGGCCAUGGCUGGAGAGGCCAUGGGGCCACGUGCCAGUGCUGGCGGGCUACUGUCACACUCCCAAGUGAGCAGCCUCCGGCUGCAGCUGGAGGAGCUGGAUGGAUGGUGCAGGAUCAGCUUGGCCGCGUUUUGUCUGCCGAGCGAGGUGGUUGUGUGAGACAUGUCCUGGGUUUUGACUCCAGGGGCUGUGGGGGCCCUGGGGAUUCGGAGUGGGGACAUGCUGGCUCCCACCUGUGUCACCUGCUGCUCCAGGGUGUUGGGACGGCCUAUGAGAGCAGCUCCAGCUGCUGCUCUGCACCAGCUCCGGGCACAGGGCACCAGCACAACUCCCCGGGGCUGUGUUUCACUGCCAGCUUUGCUUUCCCCGCGUUCCCUGACCGCUUCCUCCCUUCCCGCAGGCAUGAGUGCCCAGGCCUGCCCCCAGCACUGAGCAGCCGGAGCCGCCAGGAUGCCGAUCCCUCCUCCCCCGCCGCCGCCCCCCGGCCCCCCGCCGCCCCCCACCCUCAGCCAGGCGAACACGGAACCGCCGAAGCUGAGCCGAGAGGAGCAGCGGGGCCGUGGAGCCCUCCUGCAGGACAUCUGUAAAGGGACCAAGCUCAGGAAAGUGACCCAAAUCAAUGACCGGAGUGCACCCAUCCUGGAAAAGCCCAAGGGCAGCGGUGGCAGCAGCUACAGCUCCGGCUCAGCCGCCAUCCAGCCCAAGGGCGGCCUCUUCCAAGGCGGCGUUCCCAAGCUCAGACCUGUGGGAGCCAAGGACAGCUCAGACAGCUCCACUAAACAAACACUGCAAGUCCCUGGCUCCCGAGCAGCUGCUCCCAGGCCCCCCGUGCCGGCCAGCAACAGCCGCCCUCAGGACGAUGCUGACAGCAGCCGGGGGUCCCCACCGGAACUGCCGCGCACGCAGAGGCCCUCCCUGCCUGACCUGUCCCGGCCCGGCAGCACCGGCAGCACCGGCAUGAAGCACAGCUCCUCGGCCCCGCCACCCCCACCGCCAGGACGCCGUGCCGCCGCCCCCCCGGCCCCCCCUCCAGCGCACGCCAAGGCCUCACCCUACAACCGGGAGAAGCCGCUGCCGCCCACCCCGGGACAGCGCCUGCCUGGCAGCAGGGACGGACCCCCUGCCCCACCGCCCAUCAAACCCCCUCCUUCCCCAGUCAGUCUCCGGUCGGGCGCUCAGGGCCAGUCUCUCGCGCCACCACCUCCCCCUUACCGGCAGCCCCCCGGUGUCCCCAACGGCCCUUCCAGCCCCGGCAGCGAGUCGGCUCCGGAGCUGCCGCAGAGACACAACUCCUUGCACAGGAAGGCACCGGGCCCACUGCGGGGUCUGGCACCGCCACCACCCACUGCUGCCUCCCCGUCCCUGCAGAGCAGCCGCCCCCCACCGCCGGCCAGAGACCCCCCAAGCCGUGGAGCAGCUCCACCGCCCCCCCCGCCGAUGCUGCGGAACGGAGGGCGCGACGCCCCCCCGCCCCCACCCCCCUACAGACUGCACGGCCCUGCCGAGCCCCCCAGCCGGGGGAAGCCCCCACCACCACCCACCCGGACCCCGGCCGGGCCUCCGCCGCCACCGCCGCCCGUGCGGAACGGGCACCGGGACUCCAUCUCCACCGUCAGAGCAUUCCUGGAUGACUUUGAAUCCAAAUAUUCCUUUCAUCCCGUUGAAGACUUCCCAGCCCCAGAGGAAUAUAAAUACUUCCAGAGAAUCUACCCCAGCAAAACAAACAGAGCUACGCGUGGAGCUCCCCCUCUGCCCCCCAUCCCCAGGUGAAACCGGGCUGUGCAGGUGGAUUGUUCCAGAGCAGAGACAUGGACCACCUUCCCCUUCCUCAGCCGGACCCCCCCCAGCUCCCAGCCCCACGGAUCCUGCAUGACACACUCCCAGCCUCUCCGGUUUUCCCAGGACAAGUGGAUCCCCCCAGUCCAGCGUGCUCCGCCAGCCCCACCUCAUCUAUGCAUCCCCCAGGACUCAGUGACCUCGUGGCAAGCCUGGAUGAGUCCAUCCCUCAUUCCUCCUCAUGGAUCCUGGGUCGGGAUCUGCCUGGGAGCCGGGCACGGGACUUGAGGCUGAGCCAUGUGCCAGCUGUUGGGACCAGGGGGGCUCAUGGAGAGAGGCUGGGGUCAGGCAGGGAAUGGACAUGCUGUGAGACCCCCAGAGCGAGGAGAAGCAGGGACAGGCCAGCAGCACCUCAUUAUCCUGGGAAAGCCUUGUUAUCCUGGUGGAACCUUGUUGUCCUGGCACAACCCAUUGCUUUUUUGCACAGGAGCCAGUGGAGAUGGGGGGGGAACAUGACUGGGACCAUGCAGGGACACCCCGACCCCCUUUGUCUGACCCCACAGGGGUGGCACCCCCAUGUGCCCCCCUCAAAACCACUGCUCCCCUGGCACUCCCCCCUGGGGUUCUCCUGGCUCUCACUGCUGACUCCCCCAAACUUGAGCAUUUUAACAAGAAAACACUAAUUACAUGGGGGGGCCAUUCGUGCUGGGUCUGGCGCAUCAGGGGGUACGUGGGGGGGCCCUGGGGGCCGGUGAUGUUUUGCCUUACACUCCCUGUCCGACGGGUGGUCCCGGCAGGACUGUCCGUGUUCCCGUGGCGGGGGUCACACUAACGUAGUUACUGAUCUCUUUGUACCAUAGCAGGAAGGGCACGGGGUGCAGGGGGGCCACCCCUGCAGACGGCUUUGGGGCUCAUUCAGGGGAUUUUUUUCUAGGAUGGACCUUCCCCUGUUGAGGCUGGAGCGAGGUGGGUGAGGGGUGAGUGGGGGGUUUCUCUGGAGAAUGAGCCCCCCCAGCGCUGCCCUCUGGGUUAAAUAUAGGUUCAACACGGUUCUGCCCCUCCAAGAGUGAGGGGCCCUUUUAAAAGGGAACAGAGGAAUUUGGAGGAGCUGGAAAUUACAUUUAAAUAAAAGUAAUAAAGUGAUACAUAAUGUCAA